CCCGCCCAGACUUUGUCGACGAAGCCGGCGUCGAUGCGCUGCUGCUGGUGCUCCGGCCUUUGCUGCGACUCAACAGCCCUCCAAAAAGGUCCCGUUUGGAGAACUUGCGCUCCCGCUCCGGCUCGCCCGUUCCGAUCCCCAAACCGCCCGGCGACGCCUCCCUUCCAUUCUCCUGUGGCGGCGAAAGCGGCGGUCGAACUUGUUGUUGUCGUUGCUGGCGCUUCGAAGGGGAUAAUGGCCGCUGGUCGUGUUGCUUAGACCCCCGUCUGAGUAGUGAUAACGACGGCAUCUUUGCUGCUUCUACAGAUACCAGUCGCGGGUUGUGUUGGUCGUUGGUUGAGAUGAAGUUUGCUGCCGUGUUCGUCUCAUUCGUCUCGAUUUCGUCCCUGUUUUCCCCUAAAGGUAAAGUGAAAUCUCCAGUCUCUUUCUUAUCUUUAUUUCUCCCAAACUUUCUUUCCCAAUCUCUUUCAACUUGUCGUAUUGUUGCUCUUUCGACAAGCUUUCAACCAGGUAAUCCUGAACCUCCAAGGUGGCUGAUCAAAAGUGGCGUCGUUGGAGGAGCCGGUAGUGAUGAUGAUGGUGGUCGUAGAGGGGGAGGUCCGACGUCUUAUCGCCGAUGGAAAGGAUGCAAGUCCAGGUUUCUGCAAGGUAACCUUUCAUGUGUCGCAAUGGGAACGCAAGGCGCAGUGUUGAGUCAAGUUUUCCUGCAGUAGGUGGACGAAGGUCCGAGUAAACGAUAGGCGGGCAAGCUUCGAGAGAUCGUAGGUAAGUAAGGUAGGUAAGAUAAUAAACAGGAAAAAAAAGAGACGUAGUAGACGGAGGAAGAGGGGGAUGGGGGUC